CGGUUCCAUUAAAAUAUGCGUCAAAUUAUUAGGGAUAUCACGAGGCUAGUAUUGCAUAAAACAAGCCAUCCAGAUCGUUAACCAAACAGGCAAUGCACGAAUAACAUAGCAAACAUUUCUAAUGGGAGCCGAUGUACUACUACUGCUAAUAUUAUGGCUGAUGCCAGUGAUGGCGCCUGCAUCCGUGGUCCACCGUCAUCGUCAUCAACGGCGUCAGCUAGAGGAUAUCGAUGAACCAUCGCCUUGCCGGGAGUACACCCUAAGUGACUUGUUGUAUCUGGAUUGUUCUGACAGAGGACUUAGUGAAUUACCUGGCACAGUUAACUUUGACGCUGAUGUACUUGACUUAUCGAACAACAAUUUCGCUGUUUACCCUCCGCAACUCGCGAAGUUCACACGUCUACAAAUAUUGCACUUAGCUGGGAACCGUUUAAAUCAACCACUACCUUCUUAUUUGGAAAAUUCUGAUAAUUUGCUUACUCUUAAUCUGUCUAACAAUAAAUAUGAUACUUGGCCAGGUACUGGACAUACACACAGCAGUAUUAAAAGACUUGAUUUGUCUAUAAAUAAAAUCAAUAACAUAAAAACAAUUUCUGGGAUGCCGCAACUAAAUUGGCUCGAUUUAUCAGAAAACAGAAUCUCCAAUUUGGCACCAAAGCUAUUCACUAGUGCUCAAAACUUAAAAACUCUUAUUUUGUCAAGAAAUUUCUUUUCCGAAGUACCCAGAUUUCAGUCAAAGUCCUUGGAAGUUCUUUAUUUGAGCUGCUGUCAAAUAUCAAGUCUAAAAGCCUACUCACUCGAUAGGAUGACUUCGCUAUCGAGAAUCGAUUUGUCCAUAAACCAGAUCGAGUCUAUUCCAGACAAUUUCGCCUCGAAUACUUUACAAGAAUUGGAUUUGGGUUACAACAAAAUUGACACAUUGACAGAUUUUACUUUCUCGUCUCUACCACUCCUGAAGGUAUUGAAUUUGAGAGGGAAUGAUUUCAAGGAAGUUUGGCCGACUUCACGCUUCGCCUCAAAUCCAAAUUUGAGGGAAAUUAACGUGAAAGGAAACAGGUGGAGCUGUGAAGGUUUCAGUGUUAAUCUUCUUCUUACUUAUGAAUAUUUAAUAACAAGAGUUCCAGACCCCACAUCUUUAAUUUGCUACACGCCAUCCAAUGUAACACAGCUUAAUUGGCAGGAGGCAUACGUUCGAACAUGGCAUUUGUCCGAAUCGGCAGAGUCUUAUACUGUGGCAGCGGCUUUGAUCGGUAUUAUUAUUGGAAUUGUGAUAACUUCAGUGGUGUGUAAAGGAUUAAUGGCUUUGAAUAAAUCUACUUCUGAGUCAGCACUAAGGCCUGCGGAAACUACAGUUCUGAAUCUGAACGGUUCGGUGCCGCAGCCUCGAGCCGACAGCGUAGUGAUGAGAUUGCCUUUGAUUGAGGAAGAUCUGCCACCGAGUUAUGAUGAAGCAUUGCUAAUGCCUCGUCUGGGUGCUUCGUUCCACUCGUUGCCAGACUUUGUUGAAGAAGAAGAGAAUCAGAGUCGGCAGUAUCGCAGAAGUAGGUCAAUUGGUGACUUGACUAAUUACAGACCUCAUACAAGUCAUAGACGCUCAGUGCGACGUACUGUUGAAAUUACAUCAAGAGUCUUGCUGUUGUUCUUAUUAGCAAGAGCUGAAGUGAUCGACUUUGAAGAUAAAAAUGAAUUGUGCUACACUUGUGCCUGUAAUUCGGAUGUAUCAAAUGUCGAUUGCUCACGUAGAGGUCUUAUCGAUGUUCCUGAUGGACACUAUGACAAGGUUAAGAAGAUAAAUCUGUCAACAAAUGAAAUCUCUAAAUUUCCAGACAACAUAAAUCGAUAUACAAAAUUGAUUACUUUAGAUUUAAGCGGGAAUCGGCUCAAGGAACUUGCAGGAAAUGCGCUCCAAAACCUCAGUUCCCUAGAAGUACUCAAUCUCGCGAAGAACUCCUUUGAUUCAUGGCUUAAUCUAAGCCCUAAUGAGCUACUCAAACCUGCAAUCAACUUGAGAACACUUGACCUAUCUAACAACAAAUUUAGAACCCUAGGAGACUUGGCAAAGCAAGAGUUACUCAUAAGUCAAUCGUUGGUAACACUAAUUUUGGAACAUUGUGAAAUAACUACCAUUCAUGGAAGGUCUCCACUGACAGGACUAAACAAUAUAAAAGUGUUAAAGCUAAACUAUAAUCCUCUGACGAAAAUUCAAAAUCUUAGUUCAGCGACAUUAAAAAGUCUUUACCUCAGUAAUUGCGCAUUGAUCACUCUUUACCAUACUGAAUUCGCAAAUUUACCGUCGUUAGUGUAUUUAAAAUUGUCUUUUAAUUACCAAUUGGAAUUGCCGAAAUCGAACAUUGUGUUUUCGAAUUCAAUAAGAAUCCUAGAUAUAUCAUACUGUAAAGUCAUAUACCCUAAUAUUCAAGGAUUUCCAAACCUCAGAAAAGCUCUGAUUAACCAUAACAUGAUCAGGUCUCUUGGUAGUAACGAAUUUCUAAACAACACCAAGUUGGAAUACCUAGACUUGUCGUACAAUAAUAUAGGCUCUCUAAGAAUUGACACUUUCAGAGGACUUGGAUUGCUAAAGACAUUAAAUUUAUCUUGGAAUGAAAUAGCUGAAAUGCCUGAAGACAGUUUGCUACCUAUGCCGUCCUUGACGCAUAUCAAACUUGCCAGAAAUUAUCUAACUAAAGUUGGUCAUCUUAAAUCAACAUCACUGAUGGAAUUAGACAUGAGUUAUUGUGAAAUUAGUAUGAUUGGAAAGGAUUCACUAGAAGGACUGCCAUCUUUAGUGAAUUUGAUUUUGUCUAAUAAUCUUAUAGCACAUAUACCUGAUAGCAUAUCGUCAAACACAUUAAAGUUCUUGAAUUUAAACUAUAACAGAAUUAGUUCAGUAAGUAACUACACGUUUUUCAUGCUGCCACAACUGAUGACUCUUGGAGUUAUAGGAAAUAGGUUCACUAGCGUCUGGAAUCGAUCGUACUUCGAAUUUAAUCCAUUUUUAGAUAAACUCUAUUUAUCGGACAAUAUGUGGCGCUGUGAAUGCAGGGAUGCAAAUAUGUUUGACUUUUACGAAUAUAUCACUCUUGAACCGAAUAAAAAAGAAGAGUCUUACAAUCUCAAGUGUAACAGUCCUCCCAGUGUCGUUGGGCAAUCUUGGUUUGAGGCUUGUUACUUCAUAUGGAAUCCCUCUGAAAAAUCUUCUAGCCCUGAUAAUUUGAUUUGGUUUAUUAUUGCAAUGAUCACAGGUUUAGCAUUGUGUCUGUUAGUAGUCAAUUCUAUAAGGAUGUCCAUGAAACGUCGUUUGAAUACAAUACAAGCUGAGAGACAAAGGCAAGUCGAAGAAGCUCGAGACAGACUACGACAGCUGAGAAUCCGGGCCGAACAAGAAGCGUUAAUCAAUACACCAGAUCCUCGAGAUUUAAUAGCACCACCAUCGUACGAUGAAGCUCUUUCAAUGCCCAAAUUAAAUGUGUCAACGCAUUCCUUGAAUGAAACUGGUGCAGGAAGAAGUCGUAAAAAAAAAGGACGCAGAAAAACUAAAUCAAGUGGAGACUUGUUAGAAGAAACAGAGAGAAAUGGUAACAUACGCGUUGUGGAUGAUAUCGAACUUGCUGAGACAUCUGAUGAUGGACGUCGGCAGAGACGGCGGAGACGGCCAAAAAGAUACGGCAGUCAUGAAAUAACAGAACUAGAACAAUCUCCUGGUGCUCGUCGCCGCCGCAUGUCAGAAUACGAUCCGGGUACUGAGAAUAAUGUAACUGUAGAUGUCGAACCCGAACUUAGCAGGCCACUCCGUCUAAGAAAUAGAAGAUAUUCAAGUGAUGAUGAACCGCAUGAAAGCGAUUUCUAAUCCAGAAAUAGUGAAUGAGGAAUGAACUAAUGUUAUAUUAUUUAUUGCAAUUUAAAAAUUAUAGUGACAGCUCUGACACGAAAGUAAGUACAUCAAGCAUAAUCUACAACAGACACCCCUAAUACUAUUCAGCAAUUUCUUUCACACAACCUUUGAAUAGUAAAUUAAAUAAUGUAAAUAUUAGUAAAAAUAACGUCUAUACGUAAUAACAAUUACAUUUAAGUUACUGAUUUUAUGAUGCGUUGUUUAGGUAUAGUGUAUAAUUAGUUGUAUCAUAUAGAUCAAAAAUAUUAUCAUAGAU